GAACACUGAUAGUAGGUCCGUACUACACACUCAGCAUUUCCUCUCUUAAUUUCCAUUUUAAACCUAAACAGCUUACAUUUUCUUGUUCCGUUUCCGAAACUAUUUCUCUUUCCUCUUUCGUGUAAACGGAAGCUCUCAAUUUAAAUACAGAGACAAUCAAGAACUAAACGGAGGAUAGGAAGUCGAAUCAAAAUCUCAUCACAUCUGCGCAUUCUUCUACCGGCGGAUUUUCUCAGUCCGGUUUCGUUCAUAUUCUUCGUGAAGCUUCGACGAUCGGCGACUUCAUCAACCUAGGGUUUUUUUUUUCUUUGAGAUGCUUUGGUAUCUUCCAUGAAAUUAACGGUUAUAGGGUUCAAAGAUGCCGGAGAGUGUGACUUUGGAUAACGGCGUUUCGGUAUCUCCGACGAGCUCUCGGUCUGUGACCGAGACCGUUAAUGGCUCCCAUAAGUUUGUGAUCCAAGGCUACUCCCUUGCGAAAGGGAUGGGGAUCGGUAAGCACAUUGCGAGCGAUAAUUUUAACGUCGGAGGAUAUCAGUGGGCGAUAUAUUUCUAUCCAGAUGGGAAGAAUCCUGAGGAUAAUUCGACCUAUGUUUCUGUUUUCAUUGCGCUGGCGAGUGAGGGGACGGACGUUCGAGCACUCUUUGAACUGACGCUUGUUGAUCAGAGCGGGAAGGGAAAGCAUAAGGUUCAUAGCCAUUUUGAUCGCUCUUUGGAGAGCGGGCCGUAUACCUUGAAGUAUCGAGGGAGUAUGUGGGGUUACAAGCGCUUCUUCAGAAGAGCUAUGCUUGAAACAUCUGAUUUCCUCAAGGAUGAUUGCUUGAAAAUUAAUUGCACUGUUGGUGUUGUGGUUUCGGCGAUAGAUUGUUCAAGAUUACACUCAAUACAUGUCCCUGAUUCUGAUAUUGGAGCACAUUUUGGUACACUACUGGAGAAUCAGGAAGGCUCGGAUGUAAUUUUUGAUGUUGCUGGGAAAAAAUUUCAGGCUCACAAAUUGGUGUUGGCUGCUAGAUCCCCUAUAUUCCGAGCUCAAUUUUAUGAUGGUUUAGAGGAGGACAAGCAUGAAAUUUUCAUUACAGAUUUGGAACCUAAGGUCUUUAAGGCUAUGCUACACUUUAUCUACAUGGAUACUCUAAUAAUAGAAGACGAGGAAAUGGUCUCACCAACUUCAUCUUGUGACUCUUGUGUGUCUGAAACACUAGCUGGAAAGUUGCUAGCGGCAGCUGACAAGUAUAGUUUGACAAGACUUAGACUGAUAUGCGAGUCUUAUUUGUGCAAGGACAUCUCUGUGAACUCUGUUGCCAACACUCUUGCUUUGGCUGACCGUUAUCAUGCCAUGGAGCUAAAAGCCGUGUGUCUGAAAUUUGCUGCUGAAAAUCUUGGAGCCGUCAUUCGAACAAAUGGGUUUGAGUACCUCAAAGAAAAUUCUCCGGCUUUGCAGUCAGAGAUCCUGAAGACAGUUGCAGGGUGUGAGGAGGAAUGUAGCAGUGGUGGGAAGAGCCGCAGUGUGUGGGCCCAGCUUUCAGAUGGCGGUGAUACGGAUGGCAGGAGGGUUAGACAACGGACCUGAUAUAAGGGUGAAAAGAGAAGUCUAUAGCGAAAACUUGGUUCUUUUGUAAAAUGAUGGAAUUUUUUUUUUUUUUGUGGGGUGGGGUGGUAAGAGAAACACCUGAAGAAGGAAAGAAUGAAAAAAAAAAUUGCCUACGUCUUGAAUCAGUCCUUGGUGAUGUGUUUAAUGGAUUACAAGGAUGAUGGUGUGCAGGCAAUGAACUAGAUGUUGCAAUAGGUUUUUAACGGCGGCUGCUGACAUUUAGAGAUAAAAUUAGGGAUUGUCCAUUGCUCUCCUUCAUUCAUUUGAACUGGGAAAGCUUGCUGCUUCAUAUGCACUGACCGAGCAGGGUGUGCAAGUCACCAAAGCCCCCUGCAAACGAGGUAGACACAACAGAAGAAAACCUUUAUCCGGAUGGACCAAGAACUUUCUUUUCAAUUUUUUCUUUUGUACAUUCAGGAACCUUUACACUUUGAAACAUGAUAACUGGGUCCAUUUUCUUUUUUC